CGCGCGCACACCGACCGCGCUCACUCCCCGAACCGCACGCGUCCCCGAACCAUGCGCACCGCCUGAACCCGAAACCCCCCGAACCAUGCGAUAAACCCCCCGCGAAAAAAUAACUCACGUGAACGCGGCGAAAUAAAAUGAAAGUGAAACCCUCGGAGCAGUGACCGAUACAACAUGCUGAGCGAAAAUAGAUGGAAAGUGAUUCUGAUCGUGGUGGCGUCCGUCGCGACCGCCGAGCCGAGUCGCGCGCUGAGCCUCGCGUACGGGAGCCCCCCCGGCGUACCCGUGUUCGUGCCGAGGAGCUAUCGGCGCCGGGGCCGAGCGCGGGUGCUGUUCCUCGACGAGGACGAGAGCCGGCAGCCUCUGGGCCGGGGGGAGAUCGACCUGACGGACCUGCCGCUCAAGCUCGACGACGGACCCGACUACGAGUUCACGUCGCCGGACGAGAAGGGCACGGAACGGUUCUACGAGCCGGCGACGCGGUUCCGCGCGCUGGCGCACCCGAAAUACUUGCACCAGAACUUCGGUAGCCCGUACGCGCCUAAUUUCGGGUUCACGUACCCCGGGCAAGUGCCGUUCGCGCCGCCGCGGGCCGGGCUGCUCGCAGCCAGCUCGGGCUGGAAGGCGCGUAGCCCCCGCGUCGUGUUCCCCUACGCCCCGGACAGUGUCAACUCCGUCCAGACGAACUCCCACACGGGUCCCAUCGCGGACAACGUAGUGUUCCGCGAGCAGAACUUCGGCGCGAGCGACGUCGGCGCGGAGGAGCAGCUGCAGGACAUCGGCGCGCCCGACGCUUUCGCGGAGAGAGAUGCCAAAGACCUACAUCGAGCUCAUAAGAAAAGAACAGAGUAUAAAGUUAAAAAAAUUGAAUCCAAACCGCCGUAUAGGCUAGAAAAACCGAUGUUCGUACAGACUAGAACAGUGAAAAGAAACUUCUUUGAAUAUCCGAACGCAACGGAAGAUGUGCCAGCGUUCAAACCGAUCUCCGACGCGCAGAUGCAAAAGAUAAACGAGAUAAUAAAAGACGUGAUCAAACCGAGUGACCAGGGUCACAGGAAGGGCAAAGCGGUGGACGCUCAAGCGAGUUCAUCAGAUAUAAGUGUAACCCAAAAGAAAACUGAUAGACAGUACGAGAAAAAGUGUCCUCAAGGUGGUACAUGUGAAGUGUUCUUCUACUGUUGGAUGGUCGGUGGACUUCUAGAGGGAUCGUGCGGUGGUCUCCUGAAAGGCUGUUGCCACAGAGUAGCCAAAGCCGGCAUCCUCGGCGUGCAAGAUUCCAAUAGUCUCGAAUACGAGGGAUUGAAUUACGGACCAGUCAUUAACGACGAAAGCUGCGGUGUAGCCACGGGCAAGCAGACGGCGCAGCGGCGGAUAGUGGGCGGUGACGACGCCGGAUUCGGCACCUUCCCUUGGCAGGCCUACAUCAGGAUCGGAUCCUCCAGGUGCGGCGGCUCUCUCAUAUCCCGUCGUCACGUGGUCACGGCGGGCCACUGCGUCGCGCGCGCGCAGCCCCGUCACGUCCGCGUCACGCUCGGCGACUACGUCAUCAACUCCGCCGCAGAACCCCUCCCCGCUUACACGUUCGGCGUUAGGAGUAUUAAGGUGCAUCCUCUAUUCAAGUUCACCCCUCAGGCGGACAGGUUCGACGUCGCGGUCCUGACGCUUGACAGAAACGUCCACUACAUGCCACACAUAGCACCAAUCUGCUUACCGGAGCGGGGGUCGGAGUACCUCGGUCAGUACGGCUGGGCCGCAGGUUGGGGAGCCCUGUCGCCGGGGUCCCGGUUGCGACCCCGCACCCUGCAGGCCGUCGAUGUGCCAGUGCUGGACAACAGAGUGUGCGAGCGCUGGCAUCGGGCUAAUGGAAUCAACGUAGUGAUCUACCCUGAGAUGCUAUGCGCCGGCUACCGGGGCGGGGGGAAGGACAGUUGCCAGGGGGACAGCGGUGGACCGCUGAUGCUGGAGCGAGCUGGCCGGUGGUACCUCAUAGGCGUGGUCUCCGCCGGCUACUCCUGCGCCAGCCGCGGCCAGCCCGGCAUCUACCACCGAGUCGCCCACACCGUGGACUGGAUAUCGCACGCUACCACUCUGUCAUAGCUAACGUUUUAGCUAGCCUGACUAGACUGAUUUAUCUAAUCACCGAUGUUCGUCGCAAUACGAUCAGAGCGAGUCAAAAUGCAUU